GUGAGUUUCAGAUAAAAACAUCCUGAAAAUAACGGUCAGUUCAGUUCAGUUGACAGACGACUAACUGCUGCAGCAGAGGAGAGGCGCGUUCACAUAAUCGUGCUCGCCGCAAAACAUUUUUAAAGACCAUGGCUGAAGGCGAUAACAAAAGUGCAAACCUGUUGGCUCAAGAGACGAGUCAACUGGAAGAGCAACUGCAGGGAUGGGGAGAGGUCAUUCUGGCCGGAGAUCGUUGCCUGCGCUGGGAGAAGCUAUGGUACCCAGGAGCAUUAGUGGGGGCCACCACAGUCCUCUUCACGCUGAUCUACUAUUUGGAUCCCUCUGUGCUUACUGGUCUGUCCUGCACUGUAAUGAUUUUGUGCCUGGCUGAUUACCUGGUGCCCACACUUGCUCCCCGUGUCUUUGGUUCCAACAAAUGGACCACAGAACAGCAGCAGCGUUUCCAUGAGAUCUGUGGGAACCUCGUGAAGACCCAGCGGCGUGUGCUCGGAUGGUGGAAACGUCUGUUUUCCCUGAAGGAAGAAAAGCCAAAAAUGUAUUUCCUCUCUGUGAUCAGCAGUCUUCUGACUGUGGCCUGGAUUGGGCAACAGGUCCAUAAUCUCUUUCUUACCUAUCUGAUUGUGAUCUUCCUUCUGCUUCUGCCUGGUCUCAACCAACACGGCAUCAUCUCCAAGUAUGCUGGCAUGGCAAAGAGAGAGAUCAACAAACUGCUUAAACAGAAGGAAAAGAAGAAUGAGUAGAAGAUUGAGAAAAAGCUUUGAGAGAAAAUGAUCAAGCGAAAAAUGAAACGUGAAAGUUGGAUGAUGAAAGCAUUAUGCUUCCUUCCUCAUUGUCAAAUCAUAGACCACAGAACUUAAAAGUUUUUGCAGAAACCGAUUGUUAAAAAAGUUCAAUUUAACACAGAGUAACCUGCUUAAUGUAUGCAGAUAUCACUUGAAUUUCACAUACUUUGCUCUUUAGAUUUGGCUUAAGUAUCUUUAUCACUAUGGUUGGCGUAAGUCUUUUUGUUCUCAAAACUGAUGCGUUCAAUUUCGGCUCUCACAUUCAUAUAUUUGCAUGUCAUAGUAAAUGUGGUGAAAUGUCAUGACUGCUUUAAUGCUUGUAUUCCGUUUUGUUAGCCAGUGGGCAACUACUGAAUUAUGUAACCAAUUAGACACACAGGACACAAUCAGAAGUUGUGAAAUGUAACCUUUGCCUGAUUGGAUGCACUGUUCUGAAAAUUGCACUGGAAACAGAAGUAACUGGAGCGAGAGGCUUGUUUGUGUUGGGAAAUAUAAACAUAAUGCUCCCAAUUCAACACCUAUUGCUGGGCUGUACAUAUUAUGUUCAUUUUCUCUCCCUGAUUUUUGUGUGUGUUUCUACUGGCUUGUCUUAAGUUUGUCUACUUUCUGUGUUCUUUUAUUUGUCAUUUUUUGUGUUUGUGUUCAGCAAAAUAAUAAACUAUGAUUUGAAACUAA